AUGUGGGAUACAAAUCUAACAAAACUCACCAUAAGUGUAAAUCAAAAACAAACGAUUAUCAUUCCCGCAAAGCACGUAUUGUUAACUGAUGAAGCUCUCUACUAUUUACUGUUAGUUAACUUAUGGGGUCCUGCCCAAGCCGUGUGCGUUCUUGGAAUAAUUACAAAUAUUCUCAACAUAAUUGUCUUUUCUAAACAAGGCGUGCGUGACACUGUCAACAUAAGCCUUCUGGGCUUGGCCACAUCCGACCUGGGUUCCCUGAUUACGGUGCUUUAUAUAAAUAUCUCAUUUAUGCCAGAUUUUACUGCCCUGGACCUCCCGUUUGUCGGCCGUGACGUCAUGUAUAUUUUGUCCUGGUGUCACGUCAUAUUUACCAGAGUCAGCACUUGGAUAACUGCUUACAUCACGUUAGAGAGAUGUCUCUGUGUUACUGCGCCGCUCAAAGUCAAGAAUUUGUUCACGCCUAGGAGGACAGUAUUUUAUCUUUUUUUUGUCUAUGUGUUCAUGCUGACAAGCGUCUGUCCAGUCUUCUACACAUCUCGAGCAGCCAGAAUUUUUGACUCAUCAAAUAAUAGGACCUUGCUUGGGAUAUCCUUUUUAGAGGACAGAGAUAAAAUAGAAAGGGUGGCAUUCAUGACAAACAACACAGUCCCAACACUGGCAUUUUGCACGGUGGCAAUCUGCACCGCAAUUCUUGUGUCAACUUUACGAAAGAAAUCAAAAUGGCGUCGAAAAGCUACCACGUCUACUGCGAAAACUGUCGUAGCUGACAGAGAUGGCAAGGUAGUCAAAAUGGUGGUCCUAAUAUCUACUAUAUUCAUUAUUUGUUACUUCCCGGGAGCAGCUGUUUUUGUGGUCAUGUUACUAGAUACCGAUUUACGAAUUGACGGAUUUCAGAAGAAUAUGCUAAUUGCAAUUUUUUCAAUAUUAUUUCAUCUGGAAUCCAUCAACGCUAGCGUUAAUAUCUUUAUAUAUUUGAGCAUGAGUUCAAAGUUUAGGUUAACGUUCAAGAAUAUGAUGUGUUUCAAGUGUAAUAAACAAUCGGGGUGUAAAAAACAAAAUAAAUAA